CUGGCGUCGGGAAAGUACAGUAAAAAGUCCAAGUGCAGCCGCCAGGCGCAGGAUGGGAUCCGGCUCCUCCAGCUACCGGCCCAAGGCCAUCUACCUGGACAUCGAUGGACGCAUUCAGAAGGUGAUCUUCAGCAAGUACUGCAACUCCAGUGACAUCAUGGACCUGUUCUGCAUCGCCACCGGCCUGCCUCGCCAGUCCUGCCUGCUUUUUAUAGCUGGGGCUGAGGACAAGAGAACCACAAGCCCUGGCCAGUCUGCUGAGAGACCACUGAGGGACAGACGGGUUGUGGGCCUGGAGCAGCCCCAGAGGGAAGGAGCAUUUGAAAGUGGACAGGUAGAGCCCAGGCCCAGAGAGCCUCAGGACUGCUGCCAGGAAGGCCAGCACGUCCCUCCAGAGAGAGAAGAAUUAAUCCAGAGCGUGCUGGCGCAGGUCGCAGAGCAGUUCUCAAGAGCAUUCAAAAUCAAUGAACUGAAAGCUGAAGUUGCAAAUCACUUGGCUGUGCUAGAGAAACGCGUGGAAUUGGAAGGACUGAAAGUGGUGGAGAUUGAGAAAUGCAAGAGUGACAUUAAGAAGAUGAGGGAGGAGCUGGCGGCCAGAAGCAGCAGAGCCCCUCUUGGAGUCUCCCCUCCCCCAUCCCCUCACUUUGUGCCCCACUGUGGCUCCUCAGACACCUCCAGGGACACCCCAGUCCUCGACUGCAAGCUCUGCGUCCACGACAACUACAGAAACAACCCCUUCCACAACUUCCGGCACUGCUUCUGCGUGGCCCAGAUGAUGUACAGCAUGGUCUGGCUCUGUGGUCUCCAGGAGAAGUUCUCACAAACGGAUAUCCUGAUCCUAAUGACAGCGGCGAUCUGCCACGAUCUGGACCAUCCUGGCUACAACAACACGUACCAGAUCAACGCCCGCACAGAGCUGGCGGUUCGCUACAAUGACAUCUCGCCGCUGGAGAACCACCACUGCGCCGUGGCCUUCCAGAUCCUCUCUGAGCCCGAGUGCAACAUCUUCUCCAACAUCCCAUCUGAUGGGUUCAAGCAGAUCCGACAGGGAAUGAUCACGUUAAUCUUGGCCACUGACAUGGCAAGACAUGCAGAAAUUAUGGAUUCUUUCAAAGAGAAAAUGGAGAAUUUUGACUACAGCAAUGAGGAGCACAUGACCCUGCUGAAGAUGAUUUUGAUAAAAUGCUGUGAUAUCUCUAACGAGGUCCGUCCAAUGGAAGUCGCAGAGCCUUGGGUGGACUGUUUAUUAGAGGAAUAUUUUAUGCAGAGCGACCGUGAGAAGUCAGAAGGCCUUCCCGUGGCCCCGUUCAUGGACCGAGACAAAGUGACCAAGGCCACAGCCCAGAUUGGGUUCAUCAAGUUUGUCCUGAUCCCAAUGUUUGAAACAGUGACUAAGCUCUUCCCUAUGGUUGAGGAGAUCAUGCUGCAGCCGCUUUGGGAAUCCCGAGAUCGCUAUGAGGAACUAAAGCGGAUAGACGACGCCAUGAAAGAGUUACAGAAGAAGACUGACAGCUUGACGUCUGGAGCCACUGAGAAGUCCAGAGACAGAAGCAGAGACGUGAAAAACAGUGAAGGAGACUGUGCCUGAGGAAAGUGAGGGGCGUGGCUGCGGUUCCGGACCGGCUGGCGGAGCUGCGCGGGAUCCUUGUGCGGGAAGAGCUGCCCUGGGCAUCUGGCACCACAAGACCACGUUUUCUAAGAAACAUUUUGUUCACUGAUACAAAAAAAAAACAAAAACGGAAUUCAUGAUGUUGUACAGAAUGUUAUUUUUAAACUGUCUUUUAAAUAAUAUAUUCUUAUAC